CACGCGAUGCACGACAUCCGCAUAUGUGGUCCUGUUGAAGUCCGUCCAACCAGGACGUCAACCAGUCCGGAUUAUCAUCAAUCCCAGAAGUAAAGACUGUGGUGAGAUUAAAACAUGUUUUCACAUCGAUGGAGUUUCUAUAAAUAGCCAGGCGUCGCAGAAUGAUGAGGAUUCAGCAGCGCAUCAGUAAUCCAUCUGAAGCAGCCACUAGAUUACAAUAAAAUCACAUCUGAUCUACUUGACACAUCGGUUUCAAGUUACUUAACAGUAAGAAAAGGUUCGACUACGUUUGCAUGAAGCUGACACGCGUAUCUCCGCCCACUGCUCAGUGAGAUGCGAGUAUAGAUCUGCUGCUACCAAAAGAGCAUUUUGUUCUGACAAACCAAGCCCUUUCAUGACAGGAUGUUUGGCUUUGUCACACGCCGGGAACGACAAAAUGCAGACAAUUCCAAAACAGCGACACUGUGAUAAAUAAAUCAUUAUUGUGACUUCACCGGGAGCGAUUCUCCAACUCAUCCAAAAUGGGAUUUCUUCACCAGCUACACCUUCUCCUGUGGAAGAACGUGACUUUAAAGCGAAGAGGACCGUGGGUGCUUGCGUUCGAGAUCUUCAUCCCCCUGGUGCUCUUCUUCAUACUUCUGGGCUUGCGGCAGAAGAAGCCGGCCAUACCUGUGAAAGAAGCCUUCUACAGCGCAGCUCCUCUCACCUCGGCGGGCAUCAUUCCCAUCAUGCAGUCGCUGUGUCCGGAUGGUCAGAGGGACGAGUUUGGCUUCCUCCAAUAUAAAAACUCCACUGUGACUCAGUUGUUGGAGAGGAUCAGUGAGGUUGUGGAGCAAAAUCACUUGUUUACAUCAGACAGACCGAGUCUGGGGGAAGAGCUGGAGUCACUGCAACAGCACCUGGAGAGUCUGAGCUCGGCACACGGACCUUUAGAGAGUCACUACAACACCAGCCGUGGUUUCACUGUUGGAAGCUUCCUCAGGAACCAGUCGUCAUUCCGGCAGUUUCUCACCCGAAACCUUUCACUGCCCAACGACACUGCCAGCCUGCUGCUAUCCUCCCCUAUCAAUCUAAAAGAGGUGUAUAAUCUCAUAUUUGGAACGUAUCCUAAAGUUGGAACAAUGAGAGGAGGUAGAGAUGAAGGACAGCACAGUCCUGGAGAGAAACUUGUACAGUUUGAGCAGCAAAUUCUUGGAGGCUGGCAAGGUGUGGAUGGUGGUUUGAUUCAGAAAGCAUUGAGGGACCCCACUAAUACAGCUCACCGCCCGGCUCUCCUCAAAGUCCUGUCCCAGGCACUGGGAAUCGCAGGGGGUGGAAUGGGUCAAAAAUUUGAUCCUCAAUCCCUGCGUGAGAUAGAGGGAAUUGUGCUGACUGGUACAAUGCUUGAAACGCUCACUUGUGGAGAAGGCGGAAACAGCGAAUUAAGCAAAAUCUUAUUGGUCCCUGAUAAACAACAGGCAGUUUUGAAGGCCUACCUAAAGACCCUUUGUGGUGGUGGGGCGGCGCAGAGGGCUGAGCGGUUUAGGGAGAUGAGCGAAGAACUAAGAGAGCAGAUUGAUACACAGAGAGUCUUUGAACAGUUGCGUCUUGAGCAGUCUAACAUCUCUGGUGUGUUGGAUCAGUCCCACCUCGGAGCUCUCCUGAAGAACCUGGCUGAUGUGGAAAGGCUGCUGCGGGAUGUGGAUCUGUUGUCAGGCCUGGCCAAACUGCUCCCUAAAGGGGCUUGUGCAGGUCACCAGCCCACUCCUGCUGCCAACACCACCUUCUGGAGCUCCAAUACAACAACAUGGGGUCCCAACACAACAGAAAGCCCAGGGGAAGAAAAAGAGGGAACUGCAGAAAACGGGGCUGAAGCUGAAAAUCCCAAAUCCCAAUUUUCUGCCUUUGUUCAGCUGUGGGCAGGUCUACAACCCAUUCUGUGUGGAAAUAACAGGAUCAUUGAGCCUGAAGCUCUUAAACAGGGAAAUAUGAGUUCCCUGGGCUUUACCAGCAAAGAACAACGAAACCUGGGUUUAUUGGUCCAUCUCAUGACUACAAAUCCCAAAAUCCUUUACUCUCCAAUUGGCUCAGAAGUGGAUAAGGUCAUACAAAAGGCCAAUGAAACAUUUGCGUUUGUGGGGAAUGUGACUCACUACGCCCGUGUCUGGCUCAACAUUUCGGCUGAACUCAGAGCCUUCUUAGAGGAGGGCAAGCUGCAGAAUCACCUGGUGUGGCUCCAACAGAUGCUUUCAUCCAAAGAAAAUUACAGUGCAUUGCAGUUCAUUGCUGACCUGAAGCAGCACCAUGAACUUUUAAACGGCUCAGACAGUGAGCUGUUGAACAGUCUGAUGGAGGAAAACUUCACCCUGCCAAACACAACCACACUACUAGAGCAGCUCCACACCAUUGAUAAUGCAGCCUGUGGCUGGACACACUUCAUGUCAAAGGUCAGUGUGGAUAUUUUCAGAGGCUUUCCUGAUGAAGAGAGCAUCGUCAACUACACGCUGAACCAGGCCUACCAGGACAACGUUUCAGUCUUUGCAAGUGUGAUUUUCCAGACCAAUAAAGAUGGCACUCUGCCGCCUCACGUUUUGUAUAAGAUUCGACAGAACUCAAGUUUCACAGAGAAAACCAAUGAAAUCCGCCGGGCUUAUUGGCGCCCUGGACCGAACACGGGUGGCAAAUUCUAUUUCCUUUAUGGCUUCGUGUGGAUCCAAGAUAUGAUGGAACGGGCAAUCAUCAACACGUUUGUGGGCCAUGAUGUUGUGGAGCCUGGAAACUAUGUGCAGAUGUUUCCUUAUCCAUGCUACACUAGAGACGAUUUCCUGUUUGUGAUUGAGCACAUGAUGCCUCUGUGUAUGGUCAUUUCCUGGGUCUACUCAGUGGCCAUGAUGAUCCAACACAUUGUUGCAGAAAAGGAACAAAGAUUAAAAGAGGUGAUGAAGAUGAUGGGAUUGAAUAACGCAGUGCACUGGGUGGCCUGGUUCAUCACCGGCUUCGUGCAGCUUUCGAUCUCAGUCACCGCCCUCACUGCCAUACUAAAAUACGGCAAAGUGCUCCUCCACAGCGACCCUUUUAUCAUCUGGCUCUUCCUCACAAUCUACGCCAUUGCCACAAUUAUGUUUUGUUUCCUGGUGUCAGUAUUGUACUCUAAAGCAAAACUGGCGUCUGCAUGUGGAGGAAUCAUCUACUUUCUGAGUUAUGUGCCAUACAUGUAUGUGGCCAUCAGAGAAGAAGUGGCUCACGACAAGAUCACUGCCUUUGAGAAGUGUAUAGCGUCUUUAAUGUCUACAACGGCAUUUGGUCUGGGAUCUAAGUACUUUGCCCUUUAUGAAGUGGCCGGAGUGGGAAUCCAGUGGCGCACUAUCAACCAAUCACCUGUCGAGGGCGAUGACUUUAACCUCCUGCUGUCUGUGGUCAUGCUUAUCGUUGAUACCAUUGUGUACGGUGUGUUGACCUGGUACAUAGAGGCUGUGCAUCCAGGAAUGUACGGGCUGCCCCGUCCAUGGUACUUUCCCUUGCAGAAAUCCUAUUGGUUGGGUAGUGGACGCAUUGAGACAUGGGAUUGGCCGUGGGGUGGCGGCGCCAGGCUGAGUGUCAUGGAGGAGGACCAAGCUUGUGCUAUGGAGCACAGACGUUCAGAGGAAACUCGUGGAAUUGAAGAAGAGCCCAGUCACUUACCACUGGUUGUGUGCAUAGACAAACUAACCAAAGUUUAUAAGACUGGUCGCAAACUAGCCCUAAACAAACUAAGCCUAAACCUGCAUGAGAACCAGGUUGUCUCCUUCCUGGGACACAAUGGGGCCGGCAAGACCACCACUAUGUCAAUUCUCACUGGACUAUUUCCGCCCACCUCUGGCUCCGCUACCAUAUACGGUCAUGACAUUCGCACAGAGAUGGAGCGCAUCCGUCAGAAUUUGGGCAUGUGUCCCCAGCACAAUGUUUUGUUUGACAAGCUGAGCGUGGAGGAACACUUGUGGUUCUACUCGCGUUUGAAGGGCAUGGCUGAAGAAGACAUCCGCAAGGAGAUGGACAAGAUGAUAGAAGAUCUUGAGUUGUCCAACAAGCGUCACAGUCAGGUUCAGACUCUGUCCGGGGGAAUGAAAAGGAAGCUGUCGGUGGCAAUUGCGUUUGUCGGCGGAUCUCGGGCAGUGAUUUUGGACGAACCCACGGCGGGAGUCGACCCAUACGCACGUCGAGCAAUUUGGGAUCUUAUCCUUAAGUAUAAACAAGGUCGCACCAUUCUGCUCUCCACUCAUCACAUGGAUGAAGCUGAUUUGUUGGGAGACCGUAUUGCCAUCAUCUCACAUGGCAAGCUCAAGUGCUGUGGUUCCCCAUUGUUCCUCAAGAGCACAUAUGGAGAUGGCUACAAGCUCACUCUUGUCAAAAAGCAAAGUGACUCACACCCUGCAGAUCAGUCAAGCCAGUCUCCAUCCGCUUCCAUAUCUCCGUGUUCAGAGAGCAGAGUCACACAGUUCAUCCGUCAGUACGUGGCCUCCUGUCUGCUGGUAUCUGACUCAAACACUGAGCUCUCUUAUGUCCUGCCGUCAGAGGCUGUGAAGAAAGGCUGUUUCGAGAGGCUGUUUCAGGCUCUGGAGAAAAGUUUGGACAGUUUGGCUUUGACCAGCUUCGGUGUGAUGGACACCACAUUGGAAGAGGUCUUUCUGAAGGUAUCAGAGGAGGAUCUGUCACUGGAGAACAGCGAUGCAGAUAUGAAGAGCUCUCCUGGUGGAGCAUCUGCAGGGAAACCCUCUAAUCUGCUUGGAGGGCAGCCGUGUGAUGGGGCUCCGGCCGCAGCCGUGAUCCGACCAGAGGUGGAGCUCAGUAACCUGAUGAUGUGUUCCAGACUGAGCCCGAGUCAGGCGUCACUGCAAUCCGGCUCUUCCCUGGGCUCAAUAAGAGGAGAUGAAGGUGGACUCUAUGCUGACUUCUAUGGAGACUAUUGCCCACUGUUUGACAAUAGCCAGGAUCCUGAAUCAGCCAGUCUGAAAGAUGAAGAGCGCUCCGCUGAGCCGACCAUACUGGAGGGUCAGGGCAGCUUAAAGCUCGAGGGCUGGUGGCUCAAACUCCGGCAGUUUCACGGGCUGAUAGUAAAGAGGUUUCACUGCGCCAAGAGGAACACCAAGGGCAUUUUCUCUCAGAUCCUGUUGCCUGCUUUUUUCAUUUGUGUGGCCAUGACUGUAGCCCUGUCUGUGCCUGAGAUUGGUGACCUUCCCCCCCUCAUUCUGUCUCCAUCUCAAUAUCACAACUAUACACAACCUCGUGGAAACUUCAUCCCUUAUGCCAAUGAAGACAGACUUCAGUACAGGAGUAAAAUUUCUCCAGAUGCCAAUCCACAGAGGAUAGUUAACACCCUACGCCUGCCCUCCGGAGUGGGCGCUACGUGCGUUCUGAAAACCCCCUUCAACAGCACUCUGGACCAACUGGCCCAAACACUGAACCCAUACGCCAACAACUCCAAAACCCUGGCAGCACGCUAUUUUGACUCCAUGUGCCUGGACUCAUUCACUCAGGGUGUGCCUUUAUCUAAUUUUGUGCCCCCUCCUCCCUCGCCUGCCCCCUCAGAUGACCCAGAUGCACAUUUUGAGGAUGGCCUUUGGAACUACACUGCUGCUCCGCCCACUACUGUCAGAGAGAUGGCGACCUCUCCCCCCACGCUGCCUUUGACUAUCCGGGAGCCAGUCCGCUGCAUCUGCUCAAUGCAGGGCACCGGCUUUUCCUGCCCCAGUGGAGUCGGAGGCCGUCCACCUCUUAUGAAAGUAGUAACUGGAGACAUCCUGGUGGACAUUACUGGUCGCAAUGUGUCUGAAUAUCUUCUCUACACCUCGGAUCGUCUCAGACUGCACAGAUAUGGAGGCUUCACCGUUGGAAACAUUCAGAAAUCUAUUCCAGCAUCCUUUGGCCGAAAAACCCCACCUAUGGUGCGCAAAAUAGCAGUUAGGAGAUCCUCACAGGUGUUGUACAAUAACAAAGGAUAUCACAGCAUGCCCACUUACCUGAAUGUCCUCAACAAUGCCAUUCUCAGAGCCAAUCUGCCCAGUAGUAAAGGAAACCCUGCUGCAUACGGCAUCACAGUGACCAAUCAUCCCAUGAACAGGACCAGUGCCAGUCUUUCUUUGGACUAUUUGCUCCAGGGCACUGAUGUGGUUAUUGCCAUCUUCAUCAUUGUAGCCAUGUCAUUUGUGCCAGCCAGCUUCGUGGUCUUUCUUGUAGCAGAAAAGUCUACAAAGGCCAAGCACCUUCAAUUUGUCAGUGGUUGUGACCCUAUCAUCUACUGGCUAGCAAACUACAUAUGGGACAUGCUUAACUACCUGGUUCCAGCCACAUGCUGCGUCCUAAUUCUGUUUGUGUUCGACCUUCCUGCAUACACAUCACCUACAAAUUUCCCAGCAGUGCUUUCUCUGUUCCUGCUUUAUGGCUGGUCUAUAACCCCCAUCAUGUAUCCAGCUUCUUUCUGGUUUGAGGUGCCCAGCACAGCGUAUGUGUUUCUCAUAGUCAUCAAUCUCUUUAUUGGCAUCACAGCCACAGUGGCCACUUUCCUACUGCAGCUCUUUGAGCGUGACAAGGAUCUAAAGUUGGUAAACAGUUACCUGAAGUCCUGCUUUCUCAUCUUCCCUAACUAUAACCUGGGUCAUGGAUUGAUGGAGAUGGCGUAUAACGAGUACAUUAAUGAAUAUUACGCCAAGAUAGGCCAGUUUGAUAAAGUGAAGUCACCAUUUGAAUGGGACAUUGUGACACGGGGACUGGUAGCAAUGACCAUCGAGGGAUUCGUUGGCUUUUUUAUCACAAUUCUGUGCCAGUACAACUUCCUCAGAAAAGCCCAGAGAGUGCCUGUCAACAGCCAGCCGGUCGAGGAUGAUGAUGUCGAUGUGGCCUGCGAGAGACGCAGAGUGCUGAGAGGAGAUGCUGACAAUGACAUGCUGAAGAUUGACAACCUCACCAAGGUGUACAAGUCUCGCAAGAUGGGCCGGAUCCAGGCGGUGGACCGCCUGUGUCUAGGAGUUCGUCCUGGGGAAUGCUUCGGGCUGCUGGGGGUCAAUGGAGCAGGAAAGACCACAACCUUCAAAAUGCUAACAGGAGACGAGAGCACGACAGGUGGAGAGGCCUUCAUUCAAGGAAACAGUAUCCUGCGAGAGCUUUUGCGUGUACAGCAGAGCAUUGGUUACUGUCCUCAGUUUGACGCUCUGUUUGAUGAUCUGACUGCUCGAGAACAUCUGGAGCUGUACACUCGCCUCCGUGGCAUCUCCUGGAAAGAUGAAGAACGGGUGGUUCAGUGGGCUCUGGAGAAACUGGAGUUGUCCAAGUAUGCCGACAAACCUGCUGGCACCUACAGUGGAGGCAACAAACGCAAACUCUCCACAGCUAUCGCUCUGAUUGGAUAUCCCUCGCUCAUAUUUCUGGAUGAGCCCACCACAGGAAUGGAUCCAAAGGCUCGCCGUUUCUUGUGGAACUUGAUUCUCGACAUCAUUAAAACAGGACGCUCGGUGGUGUUGACAUCACACAGUAUGGAGGAAUGUGAAGCUCUGUGCACCAGACUGGGCAUCAUGGUUAAUGGCAGGUUUAAGUGUCUGGGGAGCAUCCAGCAUCUCAAAAACAGGUUUGGGGAUGGAUACAUGAUCACGGUUCGCACCAAGACCACUGGCAGUGUCAAGGAAGUGAUCCGUUUUUUCAACAGGAAUUUCCCGGAGGCUGUACUAAAGGAGCGACACCACACAAAGAUUCAAUACCAGCUAAAGUCUGAGAACAUCUCUCUGGCUCAGGUCUUCAGCAAAAUGGAGCAGGUGGUGGAGGUGCUGAGCAUCGAGGAUUAUUCUGUCAGCCAGACAACACUGGACAACGUUUUUGUCAACUUUGCAAAAAAGCAAAGUGAUAACUUAGAACAGCAAGAAAGCUCUCCCUCUGGUGGUGGCCAGUCUCCACUGAAGCGACUGCUAAGCAUCCUCCGUCCUCGUCCAGCUAACACAGAACUCAAUGCACUGGUCAGUGAAGAACCAGAGGAACUGGAGAGUGAUGAUGAUGAAGGACUGAUCAGCUUUGAGGAAGAGAGGGUGCAGUUAUCCUUUAACACAGACACACUGUGCUAAAACAGCUGUCAAUCUCACGGACAAGCCUCAAGUUCAGACACGUGUCUGUAAAGUGAAGACAUUUGUGUGCUUUUUCUCUUUGGAGAGGAUCCAUCUCGCUGGCCACGCGAGUGGGUCGUUCUUAUUUCCAUUUGCACUUCAGCAGCAGAGCGAGAGAACGGCUCCUCCGGGAGCUUUAAACAGAGAUACAGUCAGUGCCUGAACAUGAUCAGACCAGAGAGAGCGAGCAGGACUCCGCCACAAGCUGCGUUACGGAGAUGAUGGUUAAUGGAAAUGCGUCCUUUCGAUUCAAGCCUGCUGGAUGGGAAGGGAAAAGAAUGUAUUUCUCAAAUACAAACUGGCCUCGUGGUCACAAUGCGGUGUUUAUUUUGAUAUCGCUUUCAAUUUGAAAAUGGUUAUACGAUCUUUAAAGUGUGUCCCUUCACAGGAUACUGUAUGACCCCUCUGUGUUCAACCUCCUUUGCUGUUAUUUUAAUUCCAGUUCAUUUGAAACCAGUGUAACUAUACAUGCAUUUUCUUUUUUUUUUGGACCGAACUUGUUUAUUCGUACUUGCAUUGAAAGCAUGCUCUAAAGACAAGCCUGUCGUGUUGUGGGUUAAAGAAAUUUUCCUAUGCUUAAAUGGAUCUGUUGUACUUUUGAAUUGUUGAAGAAUGCAAAUGUAUAUCCGUGCACCUUCGUUGAAGUUCAGUGACAGUCUUAACUGGACUCAACCAGCCCUGAUAAAGAGAAGCUGGAUGUUUAUGGUAUCGUCCUAUAAUUGAAUGUACGCGGCAUAAAGGUGUUUUGUGCUGAUAUAUAAGUGUAUCCUGAACCAGGGGUUUCUUGUUUAUUUUAAUGAAUGAAUUUUGAGAUGUAUCAUUUAAACGCUGUUAUUAAAUUCAGUGUCUGUCUUGGUAAAAGUUUUAUUUGUGUUAUUGCUAAUGGUUAAAAACUGAAUAUUACCAGAUGUCAUAUAAAAAACUCCUCUCUCACACCAGAUGUCAGUAGACGUGUCCAUAAUAAGUGUCACGCUAUCACUGUGAAGCCAAAGGUGAACUUUAAGUCACUGUUAUUACAUAUAAACACAAAUCAGGUCAUUGCUCUUUAUUGCUUUAUUCGUGAGAUCCAAUAUGUUUUCACUUAUGUUUGUUAAGUUGUCAAUUUAGCCUGUUAGCACUGUAUUGUUAUUUAUUUUGUACCUAAAACCAUUACAUUAAGUUGAAACGAUUCUUCUGCUAAAUCCAGGACUUUGCUCAUUCUUGUCAUUGAUGUAUAAGAUCGCUAAGUCCUUUUGCUCUGUGACUUUAGUCUCUGAAUCUUGCACAGUGGUCAGUACUACAAUGGUGUCUUAUUUUUCUGACAAUGCUGCGUAUGUAUGCUUACUAUUUUAGAGGAUUAAGAGUAGACCAUGCACAGAUUGGAUUGCCCUUAGUGCAGUUGUGAUAACCAAAGGGAAUCAAAACACGUAACCUACUGUAAUUACGACCAGCUAUUUGGAAACUGACCUAACAAACCUUAAAUAAAAGUAUUUAGUUAAAGGCUCUCUAAGCGAAUAAUGUGCGACGUCACUUCCUGUUGAUGUUUGAACUGUUUUCAAACAAACGGAGCGUAGCUAACGCCUCCCCCUCCCUCUCCCGUCCGUGCUUUCAUGAACACGCCCACCCCCACCCCCAAAUCCUUCUUGUCGUUUAUUGGCUGGAACACUUUGUUAUGUUUUGUUGUGCUAGGUUUGGCCACUAUGUUGAUAUUGCCGUUUGUCGAGCCUGAGCUGUCUACAGAGAUCGCGUUUUUUUACAGUUUGAUCAGCGGACAGGCAGCAAGCAGAUAGUGAGGAGAUGUUUGCUGUAUGUAACAAAAAAUGUUUUAUGGUCUAAAACGCGUCAAUUCGCUUAGAGCGCCUUUAAUGAUCAAAAGUCAGAACACCUCAACAGCCUAACUAAAGAUCAGAACAAGCUGCUUUUUGAAAUUGACGUGCAGUGAUUUAAGACACCAGCAGAUGUGUGUGAUUCUAUAUUGUUAAAAAUAGCAUUGAAUUAAUCUUGUUUGUGGACAAUGGGGUAUUUAGUUUUAUCUUUCUUUGGAAUGUAACUUCAGUACAUGUGAAUACGAUUAAAUAUUUAUGAACGUUUUUCAUCCAGUAAUACCUUUGUUCUGGUGGACUUCCUUGUAACAAGAUUGACUGGAUCUUUAAUGCUUGUUUUCAAUUACUUUGUUUCCAUUCUCUUGUGCUAACUGGGGUGAAGUGACGUUUUAAUAUAACCAGGAAGAAAAGAGAAUAAUUCAAUAAAUUGUCAAAUCGA